AUGGCAUUCAGUGACGGGCAUGAAUAUGUGUGCGAUUUAAAGCGGAGCUGCAGGCCGUCAGUCAAGAUCAGUCACGCAGCUUACAGCCCAGACCUGGCCCCGUUCGAUUUUGCAAUCUUCGUGAGGCGUAAGAAUGAUAAACGUGGUAAUUUCUACGAAGAUCUACUGGACAUUCGCUUGGCUGUGAGAACAACAGUGGCACGAUAUAAGAAAGAAUGUAAUGGACAGAUAUUCAAGCAAUGGGUUGAACGACACCAAGGCAGAUUAGAACAUUCGUUACCACAAGAUAACUUGGAGUUCCCAUUCGUUAUCAACGGAAAGUGGAAGCCUGCAUCAUGCAACCCCGUCCAGCACGUUGCCGUCAUCAUCCCGUUCAGAAAUAGAGAGGAACAUAUAAAUAUAUUACUCAAAAGUAUAAUACCAAUCUUGGUGAAGCAGAAGGUACUCUUCCAAAUAUUUGUUGCGGAGCAGUACGGGAAUCAAACUUUUAACAAGGGUCGUGUGAUGAACGCAGCUUUCCUAGAGGUGUCCAAAAUGUCGGAUUUCGAUUGCUUCAUCUUUCACGAUGUGGACCUGAUUCCUGAAGAUGACCGGAUUAUAUACCUAUGUGAUGAUAGGCCAAAACAUAUGUCACAUUCUGUCGACAUAUUGGAGUAUAAGCUGCCGUACCAAUGUUUAGUUGGUGGUGUUAUUGCCUUUCCUCAGGCGGACUUCAUCGCUUUGAACGGCUACUCGAACCUGUACUGGGGCUGGGGUGCGGAGGACGACGACAUGUCUUACAGGUAA